AGGAUUUUGCUUUGUGUGCGUCUCCCUCUCUCUCUGUUCUGGUUUGUGGAGGGAGCACAAACAGCUUUAUCUCUUCACCAUACUAGAAGCUGACUCUGCAUGGGUUCAGCAACUGGUGACUAAAUAGUGGUUAAAUAUAUUUUGAUAAACAGAUAAACUUUUAAAGUGAAAUAAUGAGUUGUAAUGUGUAAUGCUCAUGAGGCAUUUAAAGAAGAAAAUCUUACACAGGAUCAUUUAAAUUAGAUUGAUCUGAAAGUAACAAAUUUGUAUGCUCUUGAAUUUCCAUAGAUGCCAUUUUGUGGUUUUAGUUUUCUUAUCAACAAUCAGGCAGGACAGGUUGCGAAAGAAAGACAGAAAACAUGAGGAAAUAGAGGGGGGGUUGACAUGCACCAAAUUAUGUUAGGACCAGGAAUUGAUCCUACGACCAUUGCAACGAGGACACAUGCAGCACCAGUCCAGCCAAAGUGUAUCUGAAAAAGAGAGAAAUACAUCCUCCAUCAGCCCAUCAGCUUGUAUCCUGUCAUAUGCAAGGUCGCUGAAGGGUCUCAAGUCUUCUACCGCCUCCUGGUUUGCAACAAAUAUGGAUGACAUUAAUCCAACCACAGAAGAUUACUGGAGCUUCGGGGAUUAUGACAAUUACACCUCGCCUCCUGAUGCUUCCAGGAGUCGUGCAAUCCCGUGCCUACAGGAGGACAUCUACAGUUUUGCACAGAAGUACUCUCCUGCUGUUUACAGCCUGGUGUUUGUCCUGGCUGUCCUAGGCAACAUCUUAGUGCUGUGCGUGAUCCGACGCUACCGGAACUCUCAGAGCGGAGGAGCCUGCGCCUUCUCUCUAACUGACACCUUCCUCCUUCACCUGGCCAUCUCUGACCUCCUGCUGGCCUUCACCCUUCCCCUGUUUGCAGUGCAGUGGAAUAAGGAAUGGGUGUUCGGUGAGGCUGCCUGUAAGAUCUCUAGUGCCCUCUUCACCCUGAAUCGCUACAGUGGUAUCCUCUUCCUCGCCUGCAUCAGCUUCGACAGAUACCUGGCCAUCGUUCACGCUGUCAGCUCAGGCUGGAAGAGGAACACCUGCCAUGCUCAGAUUGCAUGUGCUGUCAUCUGGGUAUGCUGCCUGGGCCUGAGUGGAGUGGACAUUACUUUCAAACAGGUGGAUGGGGUGAUGAUGAAGGACAACAAGCAGGUACUUUUGUGCCGACUGCAGUUCGAUGAGAACUCCACACAGUGGUGGGUGGGGCUGCAGAUGGUCAAUGUGAUCCUGGGUUUUGGGUUCCCCCUUUUGAUCAUGCUCUACUGCUACAUCCGCAUCUUCAGGUCCCUCUGCAAUGCCACCCGCCGCCAAAAACGCAAAUCCCUCCGCCUCAUCGUCUCAUUAGUGUCUGUGUUUGUCAUCUGCUGGGCACCGUUCAACUGCUUCCAGCUUGUGGACAGUCUGCACAGGCUGGGUUUGGUGUCUGGAGGUUGCCAGUUUGGCCGCAUAGUUGACACUGGGACUCUGAUCACUGAGAGUAUGGGGUUGACGCACUGCGCCCUGAACCCACUGCUGUACGGCUUUGUGGGAGUGAAAUUCAGGAGGGAGCUGGCCAGAAUGUGUAAGGGGCUGCUGGGACAGAGAGGUUGGCUGGGGAUGGAGGAAUGGAGGGAGAAGAGGAAUCGAAAGCCCAGAGGGUCUUGCAGCUCCGCAGAAAGCGAAAACACCUCCUACUCUGUCAUGAUCAACAUGGACGUGGAGCUUGAUGGAUUAUUUCUCCAAAACAGCACCUACAACUACGAAGACUAUGAGUAUCCAGAGGACUUUGGGUCGAGAGGCAGUACGGCUGUUGUCAUUCCUGUUCUGUACUCACUGGUGAUGGUUGUAGGCCUGUUUGGGAAUGGACUCCUCCUGGCUAUUCUGGCUCUGAAGAGGCGAUUCUGGACUCUAUCAGACACCAUCAUCCUCCACUUGAGUAUCACAGAUGUCCUGCUUUUACUGACGCUGCCCCUCUGGGCUGUCCAGGCUGCUCAGCAUCGUGGAUGGUGCUUUGGGGGUUUUCUCUGCAAGUUCAGUGGAGCAGUUUUUAAUAUUAACUUCUACUGCGGGAUCUUGCUGCUGCUUUGCAUUACUCUGGAUCGCUACCUGUCCACCGUCCAUGGCAUCCAGCUAUACUCCCAAACAAAGCUCAGGUUGGUCCACAUCAGCUGCCUGUUGGUUUGGCUCAUCUCCCUCAUCCUCACAAUCCCAGACUGGAUUUUCAUGGUCACUGAAAAAGGCCAAGCAGAAGAGAAAACACAGUGCCAUCAUGACUACUCUCCUUCAGACCAGAAGCUGGUUUCUCGCCUGCCCCACCACAUGCUGGGCUUCUUGCUGCCUGCAGCCGCCCUCAUCAUCUGUUGCUCCUGUAUCCUGGUGCGGCUUCAGCGCAGCCCUAAAGUUCUGCAGACACAAAGGGCCUUCGUCGUGACCAUCCUGCCUUUGAUGGCGGUCUUUUUUCUCUGCUGGAUGCCAUACAACGUCACGCUCAUUCUGCACACCACCAGAAGCAGCUCUAAGGAACUUAAUGGUGUACCAGCUGACAGUACAAACGAUGCCCUGCAGACAGCUUUGAUAGCCACAAAAGCUCUAGGCUGCAUUCAUGCCUGCCUCAGGCCUCUGCUCUACCUUGGUUUGUGUGGGAACUUCAGGAAGCGAGCGCUGACCGUGCUGAGAUGUGCAAAAGUUGAACAGGAGGACUCUCUGUGGGAGUUAGGUGUGGGCAAGGAGGCCCCGCCUGAGCAGAGUCAUGAUGAGAGUGAAGAACUGAAACAGAUGACAACUGUGGAUCAUCAGGUUCAGUCAACUCAUUGCUGA